UCACGGCGGCUCUGCGCAGGCGUCGCCCGUCCUCCUGCCCGCGGUCUCUUCCCGCCGCCGACGCGGGUGACCCUUAGGUCGUGGUGUCCCGCGUCGCCAUGGCGGGCGUCAGAGCCUUGAUGGCGUUGAGGUGGGCGGCUUCCACAUUCCUGUCCGCUUCGGGCCGCCUGCGGCCGCUGCCGCCUCCGCAAGCGGCCCUUCACGGCUCCGCGCCGCGCGCCGGGCCUCGGGUCGCGGUGGUGCUGUCUGGCUGUGGAGUCUACGACGGGACCGAGAUCCACGAAGCGUCCGCGGUCCUGGUGCACCUGAGCCGCGGGGGAGCCGAGGUCCAGCUCUUUGCUCCUGACGUCCCUCAACUGCACGUGAUCGACCACACCAAGGGGCAGCCGGCCGAGAGUGAGACCAGAAAUGUCUUGAGGGAGUCGGCGAGGAUCGCCCGGGGCAAGAUCACUGACCUGGCCCAGCUCCGCGCAGCCGACCACGCCGCCGUCAUCUUCCCGGGAGGCUUUGGUGCCGCCAAGAACCUGAGCACAUUUGCUGUGGACGGGAAGGACUUCAGGGUCCACCGUGACGUGGAGCGGGUGCUGAAGGAGUUCCACGGAGCUGGGAAGCCCAUUGGCCUGUGCUGCAUCGCGCCGGUGCUCGUGGCCAAGGUGCUGAGAGGUGUGGAGGUCACAGUGGGCCACGAGCAGGAGGAGGGCGGCAGGUGGCCAUACGCUGGGACGGCAGAGGCCGUGAAGGCCCUGGGCGCCAAGCACUGCGUGAAGGACGUGACCGAAGCCCACAUCGACAGGGAGAACAAGGUGGUUACGACGCCAGCUUUCAUGUGUGAGGCCGCGCUGCACCACAUCCAUGACGGCGUGGGCGCCAUGGUGCGCGGGGUGCUGGAGCUUACCCGGAAGUGA